UCUAUAUUUUAUAGUGAAAAAAAGGUUAAAAAGAAAAUGAAACCGAGAAUAAAAGCGUUGAAUUCAAAAUCGCAAUCAAACUGAGUGAAAAUAAAGAAGUACACAGAGAUAAAAUCUGGAUUUUUCCCUCAAUUUUUUGUAGCUUGACAAUUGUACGCUGAGAGUACGUUGCUGACUGCUGAGAGUACGCUGCAUCGCGCCCGCCCGUCUCCGCUGCCUCGCGCUCGCACGUCGCCGCCCCCUCGACGCUUUCUUCCUUCGCGCGGCCACCAUCGCCCACCGGCGCUGCCCGCCUCUUCCCGUCUCCGGCAGAACUAAGAUCAAUCCAGCUACAAAGCUAUGGCUGCCAAUUUCUGGACUUCAUCUCACUACAAGCAGCUUCUUGACCCGGAAGAGGUGGAUGUGGUGCAUCCACUGGAUAAAGAAAGGGGCAUAACUGUUGAAGAUUGCAAGCUCAUCAAAUUCCAUAUUUCCAGCUAUAUUGUGAAAUUGGCACAGUAUAUCAAAGUGCGGCAGAGGGUGGUUGCUACAGCCAUUACAUACAUGAGACGUGUCUAUACCAGGAGAAGUAUGACGGAAUAUAAUCCGCGUCUGGUUGCUCCAACUUGCUUGUACUUGGCAGCCAAAGCUGAAGAAAGCACAGUGCAGGCCAGACUUCUUGCUUUUUAUAUCAAGAAAGUACAAAGCGAUGAGAAGUACCGGUGUGAGAUUAAAGAGAUACUAGAGAUGGAAAUGAAAAUCUUGGAAGCCCUCAACUAUUAUUUAGUUGUAUUCCAUCCUUAUCGAGCACUGACGCAGUUGCUUCAGGAUGCUGGCAUGACUGAUUCGACGCAACAAACUUGGGGACUUGUUAACGACACGUACAAGAUGGAUCUGAUUCUUGUACACCCUCCUCACUUGAUCGCAUUAGCCUGCAUAUACAUUGCAAGCGUCUGGAAGGAUAAAGAAAACACGGCUUGGUUUGAAGAGCUUCGUGUUGACAUGAACGUGGUGAAAAACAUUGCAAUGGAGAUACUUGAUUUCUACGACAGCCACAAAGUGAUGACAGAUGACAACAGGAUUAGUGCAGCAAUGAACAAGCUACCAUGAUCAAUCACUAUGUUUUUGUAGUAAACAGCAGAAACGCGACAGCACAAUGGCUUCCACAACGUUCAAUAAUUCUGGAAAAUCAGAGCCUUGAAACGGCACAUCACCACAUCAUUGUAUCGAAUGGCAUUCUGUAGUUUGCUCAUCUAAAAAUGGCAACACUUUUCUAAUGCCUUUUUCA